AUGAUAAGGUGAGAUGUACGAUUAAUUGAUGUUUAUUAACGUGUGUAAGAUCAGUUUCUGAACGAUGAUUAGAAUGAAAGAACGAUAGACUAUGAUUGAAUCAAUUAGAGAAUGUGAAGUAAAGAGCGAAUGAGGAAUGAUCUGUCUCUUUUCAUUGGGAUCGUGGGUGAAGACGGCUGUUUCUCUGUAAGAUGUUUUCUAAAAAUUAAGAUUGUGGUCCGAAAAUAAAUCUCAAGAAGUUCAAAGUGUUUUUCAUUUAGCCCCGAUCCUACAAUCUUGGGGGCUCGUCCAAUUGAAAGAGGAAAAUCGAAGAUUACGACGGAAAGACGAUCGGCGGGAAAGUAAGGUUAUCUCACCGGGCGAGGCGGCGCGGCGUGGUACAACUUUUCAUGCUAAUAAGACGACGACGACUAAUAAGACGUAUUCCAAUAAGACGACAACUAUAAGAAAGACGCAAAGAUGGGAAGAAAGGAUAAGAGAAACAGCAGCAGUUUUAAUAUUGAAGACGAAGGACGAAAAGAAUUUAAACAAAAUGGCGGCGACACACAGCAGCAACAGAACACAUUAUUCAUGACGGCGGACCUUAUACCGAAAUUUACCGGACAAGACUCUAAUUACCCUGUACAAAAGUGGAUUCAAGAUAUCGAAGAUAAUGGAUUAAUAUUUCAGUGGACACCAUUACAGCAACUUCUUGUUGCCAGGCGAUCACUUAGUGGGACGGCGCUUCUUUGGCUUAAAUCGGAACGACCAUUCAAGACAUGGCAGGAGCUGGCGGAAGAAAUAUCAAAUGAAUUUCCAUCUACGUGGGAUACAAAAACGGUACAUGAAUUAAUGAGUGCGAGAAAAAAACAGGCGAAUGAAAGCUGCAUUGAUUAUCUACUUAUCAUGAAGGAAAUGGGUAAGCGCGGCAAAUUAGCGGAUUACGUGACUAUAAAGUACAUAGUUGACGGUAUUAUCGAUGAUGAAUACAGUAAGAUUAUGCUAUAUGGGAUUAAAACGUACGCGGAAUUAAAAGAAAAGCUGAAAAUUUAUGAGUUAGUGAAGUCAAAAACAAAGAAAAUUAGUACCAGUCAAGACCGUCAAGAAAAGCCUACAAGUGUAUAUUCGAAUUCAUCUCAUGUAAGAAACACAUUACGUUGUUAUAAUUGUGGUGAUCACGGGCAUGCCUCAUCAAGCUGUCCUAAUAAAGAAAAAGGAGCUAAAUGUUUUCGUUGUAACUCAUACGGACAUAUAGCAUCAGCAUGUGAUUUGAAAAAAACAGGUGCAUCAAAAUUUCAAAGUAGAAGCAUUCAUAAACAAGAUGGCGUCAGCGCAAGCGGCGGCGAUAAGAACGAAAUUGCAUCGCAACAAAUCGGAAGUAUGAAAAGAACGAUGUUCGGAUCUAUCGGCGAAUCAGGUUCCGAUCUGAAGUUUGUCGGUCAAGAUGGCGGCUUAAGAAAUAUUGAACGAAUGAUUGAUUAUGAUUGCAAUGAAGUUUCUAUUAAUCAGUUGACAGAUGACAAGUCUCAACAGGUUAUGAAGAUUGUAAACAAUGACGAAUUAACAAAGAAAAGUGAGGAAAAGCGUUUGAAAAAAAUUGUUUUGAAUAAUAUUGAAACCACAGCGCUCAUGGACAGUGGUAGCGACGUGAAUUUGAUCAACGAGGACGUUUAUUUAUCGAUGUGUACCCCAAAAUACGACAACAAUGUUGUACUCACCGGUCUCGGCAGUGCAAAAGUGAAAACACUUGGACAUUGUAUUGUGAAGUUACGAAUCGACGGGCGUGAUUUUGAACAAGAGACAUUUUAUAUUGUACCUAAUAACUGUAUGCCUUACCGUGCUAUUAUAGGUCGUGCGUUCUUGAGCAAUGUUGUUAUGGUAAUGGAUGAAGGAACAGUGUUUGUUUUUCCGAAAGGUGAAAGUUGGAUGACGAAAAUUAAUUGUUUUUUUUCUACUGUUGAUCUUGUAGGUACAGUAAGUAAUGAAAGUGUGAAAGAUGAAGUAGUGAGGUUAGUUGACAGCUACAAGCCACAGCAAACAAAGGAAGCUCCUGUGGAACUGAAAAUAACUUUGAUGGACGAGACACCUGUUGCACAGCGGCCACGCAGACUGUCACCUAAGGAGCAGCACGAGGUUGACAAGCAGAUACAAGAAUGGUUAAAAGACGGCAUUAUAAGGCUCGAGACGAACAGCAAGCUGUUAUGAGACUGAAACAAGUUUUACAAAGAGCAUCAGAAUAUGGAUUGAAUAUCAACUGGAAGAAGUCGCAGCUGUUAGUAAACAGAGUUGAGUAUCUUGGACAUGUGAUUGAAAAUG